GCAGAUCCCGAAAUCGCGGACUGAUUGAGCCGAAAUACUUCUCUCUCAAAGGAUCACAUCUGCUCGUACCAAACGAGGAGGGGGGACGGUAACAGCCUGCGACAUCAUGGCGCCAGUAGGACAGAUGAAAGGACCAGGAGGGCCAGAGCCGACUCAUGGCUUAGUCAAUUGGUGCUUGGAUAUCUGCAAGCAGCUUCUAUUCGACAGGAAGUAUUUCUGGCUCGUAGCUGGCUUGCUGCUUGUCGCAGAGGCUCUGCUCGGCAAUCUGAUCAUAUGGCGCAUACCUUAUACCAAGAUUGACUGGCCGGCUUAUAUGCAACAGGUGGAUGGAUUUCUCGCUGGCGAGAGGGAUUACUCUAAGCUGGAGGGUGACACGGGGCCUCUGGUAUAUCCAGCCCUACAUCUCUAUAUCUACACAGCGCUUCAUGAGCUCCUACCUUCUGCUGAUCGAGUUCGACCAGCCCAGUACAUCUUCCUCGGGGUGUACCUCACUACAUUCAUCCUCAUCGCCUACAUCUAUCGUCGGGCCGGUGCACCUCAGAUCCUCUUGAUACCAUUGAUGCUGAGCAAGAGGACCCAUUCGAUAUACCUCUUGAGGCUUUUCAAUGACCCUUGGGCGAUGCUAUUACUCUACAUGAGUGUCGCUCUAUUUCUGAAGAAUGGAAAGCUUGCAUGGCGGGCUGGUUGUGCCGUAUUCAGCCUGGCGCUUGGGGUCAAAAUGAACAUUUUACUAUUCGUCCCAGGUCUUUUGGUCUUGUUGUUCCAGUAUCGAGGCAUCAAAGGGACCAUCGAGGGUGUUCUCAUAGUGGUCGUUAUACAGACCGUCCUCCCCGCGCCGUUCUUCUUCUCCAACGCGCACCUGGCCAAAGCCUACUUUACAUCCGCAUUCGACUUCUCCCGACAGUUCCUGUAUGAAUGGACGGUCAACUGGCGAUUCGUCUCGGAGAGGACUUUUCACUCCAAACAAGUCGCUACAGGUCUUCUGAUAGGACACAUGACCGUCUUGGUCGCAUUUGCAUGGUAUCGAUGGUCCCCAAUACCAGGCGGGACGAUUAAAAUCCUACAACGCGGCCUGUCUCGUCCUUCGCAGGCUCCUGCGCAAGCCAAGGAUCUUCCUCCGCAUCACAUUCCUCUCGUACUCUUCACGUCAAACCUCAUUGGGAUCACGUUUGCCCGAUCGCUCCAUUACCAAUUUUAUUCCUGGUACUUUCAUCAACUUCCCCUUCUGCUGUUCCUCGGAUUUCGAUGUGGUCCGAAAGCGAUUGCGGUGGUAAUAUGGGUCUUGACCGAAUUCGUGUGGUCCAAAUCACCGGCGACUCCAGGAACCUCGAUGACCCUGCUUGUCGCUCACUGGUUAACUCUGUUCGGCCUUUGGCUGAACGCAUUCCAGGAAACUGUCAGCGGCCAGCCAGGGACCACAACGCCAGUCACAGGACCACGUUCAUCGUGAAAUGCAUAAAAGUACAAAGG